GAUAAAUAGCAACUUCGAAAAUAAACGUAGAAGAUAUUAGACUAUUGAUAGUGGAUAUGGAUCAAACCUUUACAAGCCCAAACGAAGUGAAGACGUAAAGUAGUAAAAUAAAUUAUUGAAGGCUACAUUUUGUUUACGGAACAUAAAAGCCCAAAUGCAAUUCAGGAUGAAGCUUUGAAUUGAACAUAACUCGAUUCGAUCCGACUCAUGGAAAAACAAAAUGGUGAAACUUCCCUCCGGCAAAUCCAUCCCUAUCGUCCUUCGUCGACGAUUUUCAACUGUACCUCCCGCCGAUUACGCCGGGAACCGGAAAAAUCUAAUCCCAAUCCCCCACCGAUCGAUCCCGGAAGCCAGAGGGCAGGACCUGGACUUCGUCAACGUUGCCCACAGCCACAUAAUCCACUCCGACUGGGGAAAGCUCGAGCUUUCACCACCCGCCCAUUUCACUCCCUUUCGAAUCACCCACGUCCUCCUCAAAAUCCAGCGAGACCACGUCCUCUCCCUCGAGUUCUUCGACUGGGUUAAAACCCACAGCCCGGAUUCCCUCACUGUCGAAACCCACUCCAUCAUUCUCCACAUCUUGACAAAGAAUCGCAAAUUCAAGUCCGCGGAAUCAAUCUUGAAGGAUGGACUGGGAAUCAGGUCAUCCGCACACUCUGCCGACAAGCUGUUCGAUGUAUUGCUCCACUCGUACAGGGUCUGCGAUUCUUCACCCCGAGUGUUCGACUCGCUGUUCAGCGUUUAUGCGCGGUCGAAGAAGUUCAGACCGGAUAUCGCAUUGGGGUUCUAUGGCGAGAUGAGGAGGUGUAGGAUAACGCCGAAUGUGUACACUUUGAACAUGGUUAUGGCUGCUUUCUGCAAAGGUGGAAAGAUCGAGAAGGCAGUUGAGCUCUUCAGCGACAUGGAGAAUGGCCGAGUAGUGGCGCCUAAUAUCGCCUCUUACAAUGUUCUGAUUGCAGGGUAUUGCAGGAAGGGGCUUCUGAGCUCGGCGAUGAAGCUGAGAACCUCGAUGGGUAAGAAUGGGAUGGAGCCAAACGUGGUUACUUUCAACACUUUGAUCAAUGGGUUUGCGAAGGAAGGGAAGCUGCAGGAAGCGAGUAGAGUAUUUAGUGAAAUGAAGCUCAGCAAUGUCGUUCCUAAUAUCGUGACUUUCAACACUUUGAUCAAUGGAUUCAGCCAAGUGGGGAACUCUGAGAUGAAUGAUAUGCUUUAUCAGGAGAUGGUGAGAGCUGGCAUUAAGCCUGAUAUACUGACUUACAAUGCAAUGAUUUCGGGUUUGUGCAGAGAGGCUAAGACCAAGAAAGCUGCGUAUUUAGUGAAGGAACUUGACAAGGAGAGAUUGGUGCCAAAUUCUUCUACGUUUUCUGCACUUAUUACAGGGCAGUGUGCAAGGGACAACCCGGAUCGUGCUUUUCAGCUAUAUAGGUCUAUGGUAAGGAGCGGGUGUCAUCCAAACCAGCAGACAUUUGAUACGUUGAUUGCUGGCUUUUGUAAGAUCAAGGAAUUUGACGGAGCAGGCAAAGUCUUGUUAGAGAUGUUUGACAGGUGUUUGACUCCCACUUUAGACAUCGUAAUGGACAUUUACAAUGGACUUCAACAGUGUGGAAUGGAUCGUUUGGCGAUGAAGCUAUGGAAUGAGAUGGAAGCUAGGAAGUGCAGAGACAAGAUUGAGAGGGUCACAUAGUCAAUGCAAUCGACUAUAAUUGAUCAGUAGAAGCUAAAUGUAGGGCAAAAGCGUAAGUGUAGCCAUUUAUAUCGAUCAUAAAUUAUUUAGCUACAAUGAGUAUCAGCAUCUUGUUUAUCGCAUGAUUUCUGAGCAGCUGCUUCAAUAGAAAUUGCUCAACCCUAAUUUUAUUAUAUCCUCCAAAUAAUGAGAAAAGGCAACCUCAUUGUUUAAGGGGAGGGUUGGUUUCCUAGUUGGAUUUGAGUCAUCCCAACCUUGAUGGAUUUGAUUUAAACCUGUUGUUUGCUGGAUGUCAAAUCAAUGGUUGACAAAUCCUACCGUUUCGGCCGAUAACAUCUAAAUUAGUGUUAUUUACAAUUCAUAUUAAGGUUGUUUCGAGUUAACUUAUGUGCAUAAUUGUUUGAAAAGUGUCAAUUGCACCAUAUUUUUUCUAUUUGAUUUCAGUGUGAUUUUAGGGUGCUUUAGACAAUACAUGUGAAUUAGGUACAAAAAGGACACAAAUGUAGCUAAAAGCAAGAAGAUUGAAUAUAGCGUACUGGAGAUGGAGAUCACGGCCGAUAUAUAGCCUGCGAACUCAAGGUGAAGAUCGCGGCCUGGAAGCCCAAGAUCGCGGUCGCGAAUUUGAAGGCUCAGGGCGCGAACUUUGUGAAGAAGCAGUCGAGGAGAAACAAAAACUUUCCCCAAUCAGAACACGGCCAUAGUGUAAAUUGACCGCGAGGAAGUUCGUGAUCGCGACUCGUGAAUUGCGACCGUGAAGUCAGCUCGCAAACUCCUCGUCCCCGAAGGCCAAACCACGAAAGCCCAUGGAAAAGAGCUCACUCACCAUAUUCGAUAAACCCUAAGUUUCUAGACGUUGCAUAGUUUCCCUAGGCUAGGGUAAGGGAUAGUCCCUGAAUUACAUGCUUUUAUCUUUAUUUGAUCCCUAGACUAGUUAGUUCGCUCAUAUCCUCCACACAUUCGGGAAGAAGGAAUGUGCGUCGAGAAAGAGGAAGAUCUUGUUCAUUCCUACAUGGAGCCACAUUUCAAAGAAAAAGGAAAGGCGGUUCCAAGUGCAUUUGGUGUCCAACUUGACCUACGCUCUCUUAAAAAAGGACCCCUUUGGGACUCUUUGCCAAACCGAGGCCACACGGUCAAAUAUCCCUCUUGGUGGAUUUAAUGAGGGUCAACCAAGAUUAUGUUACAUGGUGUUGGGCAAGGAGAAGAGUAGAGAAAAGAAGAAGAGGUCUCGUGGGUGGAGACUAAAGCCUUGCCAAGUCCAAUGGUCGACUACUUCAUUUGGGACAUCCAAAACUCGGGACUUGAGGCAUCGACUCACCGACGAUAACCUCAACUAUAAGGAGGUUCUAAGUUGGACUGAGAACUUGAAGACGAUGGUCCGGUGAAAUGAUCUAAAGGACAUGCUAAUUGGGAGACAACCCAACAACUCGGUUUGCGUAUAUUUUCCUUUUUCUUUUUGAAUAAUUGCUUGAGUAGACA